GAGCCCCCGCACCUCGCCAGCGCCUGGCGGGGCGACAGCGCGUACGCAGCCGCCAUGUACCAUCCCCUGAGCGGCAAGGACGCGCAGUACGGCUCGACGCCCACAGUGCACCCCGCUAAGGUGCCGUUCACAGAGAGCACGGCGUACUGGCUGGGGCUGUACUUUGUGUUCAACCUCGGGCUCACCCUGUUCAACAAGUUUGUGCUCGUCUCGUUCCCCUUCCCCUAUACACUCACCGGCCUGCAUGCGCUGUCCGGAUGUGCCGGGUGCUACAUCGCCCUCGAGCGGGGGGCCUUUACGCCGGCGCGACUCGCCCAGAGGGAAAACCUCAUCCUCGGCGCCUUCUCCGUAUUGUACACCAUCAACAUCGCAGUCAGCAACAUCAGUCUCCAGCUCGUCACCGUCCCGUUCCACCAGGUCGUCCGCGCGUCCACCCCGCUGUUCACCAUCUUCAUCUCCUCCAUCUUCCUGCGUACGCGCUUCAGCAUAAUGAAGCUCGUCUCGCUGCUGCCUGUCGUUGCUGGUGUCGGCUUUGCGACAUACGGAGACUACUACUUUACAGCCUGGGGCCUUAUCCUCACCCUCUUGGGAACUUUUCUCGCUGCGCUAAAGACCGUCGUCACCAACCUGAUCCAAACAGGUGCUGGCGGGAGGCUCAAACUCCACCCCCUCGACCUCCUCAUGCGCAUGUCCCCCCUCGCAUUCAUCCAAUGCGUAAUCUACGGCUGGUACACUGGUGAACUCGAGCGUGUCCGCGCAUAUGGCGCAACCCAGAUGACGUCCACCAAAGCCGUCGCGCUCUUGGUCAACGGGGUGAUUGCCUGUGGCCUGAACAUUGUCAGUUUCACCGCGAAUAAAAAGGCGGGGGCUUUGACGAUGACUGUUUCUGCAAACUGUAAGCAAGUACUUACCAUCGCACUCGCCGUCGUGCUGUUCAAUCUACAUAUCACGCCUACAAACGGGAUCGGGAUCUUGCUCACUCUUAUCGGCGGUGGAUGGUACGGCUACGUCGAGUACCAAGAGAAGAAUAAGAAGAGUAAAGUCCUUGACAGGAUGUAGACGUUGGGCCUGGACAUUCGAUCUUUGGACCCGCGUGAAACAGUCUCGAUGCGGCGCAUCCUUGUCUUUUUUUAUUACUUGUCAUGGGAAAUGGGUAGUCGGACACGGAGAAGGAAAAGGGUUUUGGCCACUCAUUUCACCCUCUUCAUCUCUUGUUCGUUUGUUCUUUAUUCAUUGUUAUCAAUAUCUUCUUUCAUUCUUUUGUUGGCAUAGACUUUUGUGCUUCUUGCUUCUCGUUUCUUCUUGAUCAGGCUAUUAUCAGGUUAUCAUCAUCAUCUUUUCUUUUCAUUCAUCUUAUUUCUUUAGUAUACGGCGUCUUGCAUAUCAUCUUGGGAAAAUUAAAACAUAGACUUGAGAAGAUUACCUUGAUAGGUGUUAUGGAUGUUAUGUGAUGGCAGUUGUUGAUAG